ACUUAGUGCAGGGAAGAGCCGUGCUGUGAGCAGGUUGUAUUUUGUCUUCAGUGUUGCACGACAGCUAGGUCUUUGCAGGGUUUGUGAUGUCCUUCAAACGAUACUCUGCAUUUACGCAAACGCCUUUGCCUGCUUCCUUAGCACUACUGCAGAGGAAUUCGUAAAACUUACAUGGAGCAGAACCUGGUUUUAAGUCCUUCUCUUUUAUUCUGAAGUCUUGUACCAUGUAGGACUGGAUUUAGUGAAGUCACCAUUACAGUAAUUUUAUAAUUUUAUAAACUAGAAAUGUGUCGUUUUGACAACAUAUCUCUCUCCCCUAGUACCUCUUCAGAAGGCUGUAAAAACUUCUGCUGUAAGCUAUUUGGAGAAACCCCUAGUGAAAAUCCUGGGGCUGCCUUGUAAAACUUCUGAAAAGAAAUCACAUCUGCUGAAAAUGCAAACUGUUUAUUGCUGCUUGCUAACAGGUAUUCUUUGUUUUGUUGGGAUCUUUUUUUUUUUUUUGCAUGUUGGUGAAGCAGUGAAGCGCUCCAAAAAAACGCACCUUACAGCUGAUGACUGCAAAGCUUUUGCACAGAGCAGAGAAGGAUCGUCAUCCCUGACACAGCCGCUGAGUCAAAGACAAACGAGCAGAGAUGUAAACAGGGGCCUCUAUCCCACCCACCGGACAAAGAAGCAACAAGGAGGCCAAGCACAGCAGAAGAACAUCACUGAUUACUUCAAGGUUUCUCAGACACAGCAAGUAGGUGCAGGCAAGACAAACAGCCAUAAAAUCAAAGAAGACCCACUAGAGUCCAUCUUCACUGAAGCUGAUGAAUCCUUCAGCAGUGUGGAGGAUCCCUGCUCCUUUCUGGAGGAUGAUGUUGCACCAGCUCCCAGGGCAAGCACCCCCUCCAGAAAACGGACGCUGUCUGCAGCAGUUGCAGGCAGCCAAGACACAAAGUACAGUCUGUGGGGUGAGCCUGAGAAGAAGCCACUGGUGGUUCAUCCAGCACACAGCCAAAUCGAGGAGGAGCACAGCCAAACCAAGCAAGAACUUGAUGAUAUGGAAAUUGAACCAAUUCCUGAUACAUGCUACGGACUGCUGGGUACUCGGAACUGGGAUGUGCCUCAAGGAAGCAUUGAUAAGCUGCCCACGGAAGUCCUGAGGAGGAUAUUUGCUUUCCUCCCUGUGAGUGAUCUGUAUCAGAGCCUGAGCCUGGUGUGUCACUCCUGGAAGCAGAUUGUCAGUGAUCCACUGUUCAUCCCUUGGAAAAAGCUGUACCAUCGGUAUGUAAUGAAGGAGGACAUAGCCCUGAUCAGUGUUGGACACCUCUUGAAGCAUUACGCCAUAACAAAGGAGCAGGAAGGAUGUGUGGUGGGAAUGAUCAGGUGCGUGUCUGCCAUACACACCAACAAGAAUGUGGAUCCCAGCGCAGCUCUCCUGUGUCUAGAGAGUCACCACCUCUUCCCGAAAGCUGCGGUCUGCAUUGCCAGCAAAGUACCUCAUUUACAGAGCAGUAAGGGGCCUCAGAACAUGUGGGCGAUAGUCGCAGCCAUGGUGCUUUUCUCUGAUGGCGUCCGGGACAUCCAAAAGCUGAUGGCAUGCCUCUGGAGACCAAGCUCUACCCUCUCUUUUGUGGACGUGACCGAGGCGCUUUACUGCAUAGCCACGCUGCUGUAUGCCAUGAGAGAGAGGGGUAUUGCCAUCACAAACAGGAUCCAUUACAAUAUCUUCCACUGUUUGUAUCUGAUGGAAAACGAUUCCGUAACUAUGGAGGCAGUAGAAGAGGAAACACCUGCUUCAUGCUACAGACAGGACCUCUGGGCCGGUAAUUGCCCUGAAAUAAAGCUGACGCAUGAACAGCAAAGGAUUUUGAAUCACAAAAUUGAGCGUGGUCAAGUAGUGAAAAUCGUGGCAUUUGCAGGUACAGGAAAGACCUCAACUUUGAUCAAGUACGCAGAGAAGUUUGCGGACCUGAACUUCCUCUAUGUGACAUUUAACAAAGCUGUUGCAGAGAGAGGAAAACAUGUCUUUCCCAAAAACGUUACAUGCAAGACUUUCCAUUCACUAGCGUUCGGAAGCGUUGGCAAACUCUAUAAAGAAAAAGGCAAGCUAAACUUCUCCAAGCUGUCAGCUUACUCAGUGAGUUUCCUCAUCCAGCACCGCGAGGGACAAUCGCUGUUCAUAAGAGGGAAAACAGUCAAACAGACCCUUGAAAACUUUUUUGCCUCUUCAGAUGAAGAGAUCUCUGAAGAGCACACUCCUGUCUUGUUCAAAAAUACCCAUGCCGUGAUGCAUCCUGUCAGCCUGGAAGAAAAAAAAAUCAAUGUUCAAGAGGCAAAAGACAUAUGGUACAAUAUGAAGAAGCUGGACGGAGACAUAGAGAAGAAUUACAAGAUAACAUGUGAUGGAUAUUUGAAACUUUGGCAGCUGAGCAAGCCUCAGCUCACAGGAUACGAUGCCAUUUUUGUCGAUGAAGCGCAGGACUGCACUCCAGCCAUCAUGGAUAUCGUGCUGUCACAGUCAUGCGGCAUAAUCCUUGUAGGAGACCCUCACCAGCAGAUCUAUACCUUCCGAGGCGCUGUCAAUACCCUCUACACAGCACGUCACACCCAUGUUUACUAUCUCACCCAGAGUUUCAGAUUUGGUGCUGAAAUCGCUUAUGUCGGAGCAACCAUUCUGGAUGUAUGCAAAAGGAUCAGGAAUAAGACCUUGGUGGGUGGAAACCAAGAAGGUGAUGUGAGAGGCAGCAUGGAAGGGAAGAUAACAGUCUUAUCACGAAGCAAUUUUAAUGUAUUUGACGACGCUGUGAGACUUACUGGUAGAGAAAGACCAAUAAAAAUACAUGUGAUCGGGGGGCUUGCCCGUUUUGGACUGAGCAAAAUUCAUGAUAUUUGGAAACUCUAUCAACCUGCAGAUGAACGGAAACAAUUAAACCUUGUUAUAAAUGACCCCUUUCUCAAAAAAUGGGAAGAGACUCAAGACUUCACUGAUUUAAGGAAAUAUGCAGAGUACAGUGAUGACAAAGAACUGGAAGUGAAGAUUGCAAUAGUGGAGAAAUACAGAGAGCGGAUCCCUGAGCUGGUGCAGAGGAUUGAGAGCAGUCGUGUGUCACGACAAGCCUUGGCAGAUUACCUAAUAGGUACUGUCCACCAAGCCAAAGGCCUGGAGUUUGACACAGUGCUGCUUGCAGAUGACUUUGUGAAAGUACCAGAUAUCAGCGAUCAGCAGAAGAUGUCUUGCUUCAGUAUCGGUAUGUAUCCUGAGGAUGAAUGGAAUUUGCUGUACGUCGCAGUGACGCGUGCAAAGAAGUGUUUGCUAAUGUCGAAGUCCCUGGAACGUGUUUUAGCAUUGGCUAAGGAGCACUUCCUUCGGGUGGAGCUGAUGAGCGAGGCGGUGAAGGAGGGGACAGCAGUCACUUGUUCUGUGUCACGCUGUCAGCAAACACUGCGAUCCAGCUCCGGUCUAGUUGUGAAGAAAUUACCUUUGACUCUCAGCAACGGCAGCAGGGAUGAAGGUGGCUACCUGUGCUGCGCUUGCGCCCGGAAGCGUCUUGGCUCCAUGGCCCCGCUGAUCUUUUCCCCGGCGCCUCACGAAGAGUUUGGCGCUCCCUGAGGAAGCCUUCCGGCCGCCGAGAGCCCUCGCCGCGCCCCGGCGCCGACCCGGGUGCGGGACGAGGCCGCGGCCAGGCUCUGCCCCCGCGAUCAGGCGGCUCCUCUGCCGGAGCGGUGCUCUCGGACAGGACCGCGGCCCGGCUCCGAGGGGAGCCCUCCAGGCUCUCUUCGAGGAGGCGCGAGAGCCUUGCCGUAGCCCUGCCUUGCUGCCCAGGACCGUGCACUAAGGCAAUUGCACGGUAUUAGCCGUAGAGCAGGGGGCUGCUGCUUUUUGGGGCAUCAGCCCUCCGUUCCCUCCUCCAUCUGGAAGCCACCUCCAGUGACCAAACCGCCAACGUGUCUCCGCCUUUUCUGCCAAGCUGCACCUCAGUGAAACCCCUCUUGUACUGAGGGAAAAAAAAGGGGAAACGCAACACCGGGAAGUACUCAAAAAAACAUCCUUUUAUUCCUAGAAUAAAAGAUGUUGUUUUCCUUUGCCUAGAGGCUGUUUUUAGAGGGCCAGCUUCCCCGUCAGCCUGCACCGCAGGGGAAGAAGCCGCAGUCCACGCAAAGCGGAGCGCGUUCGUUUUUUAACUGCUGCGAUUAAAUCGGUAACAAAAAAAAACAGCCUCCGAUA